AUGGAGAGCAUGCCUGUUCCGGCAAAUCCUCCGCUUGCGCGAAAACGAAUGGUGCGACCAGUGGAGGACUUCGGGGGUUUCGGUCUGUAUCCUCCCGCAGAAGGCGCCUGGGACGGCUGUCAUACCGAGGAUAUGACCGAAGAGGAGUAUCGUGAGUGGUUGGAUCGCACCUUUCGACCCCUGUUUGAGCCCUACGAGGGCCAGGGAGGUGUACCCUGUCGUCAGUUACUGACCCACUUCCAGUAUGAAGAUCAAGGACUGCCCAGAGAACGGCGGAUCGAGCUAGUGUUGAAGAUGGACAAGAAUAGAGACGGUCGAAUCACCUUUGAGGUGCGUGUCCUAGCAUAGAACUGUUGAGCGACUUUAUUGUUCUCCACUACAAUAACGAGUAAGCAGUAGUAUUCAGAAAUGUUUUGUGUCCAAAUGAUACACUGUGAUUGUAGAUGAGGAUAGAAAGCUAUUGAGAAACUGUGAGAUCGACGCAUUCAAAUUUUUGGAUGUCGUUAAAGGAAUUUUACCAUUUUUCAGUAUUUGACUUUUCCUUCGUCCGGUGCGCAACCAUAUGUGGAAGGUAAUUAGGCAACCCAGCUAAGUGUGUAGACAGGGUGAAGAAUACGAAUGUUUGUUCGUUGCUGAUCGUAGAAGCUAAGUGAUGAUCGUUUAUACUUUUUCCAAACUAUCGAUGUACUGUUAAAUAUCCUGAGUGCAUUUGGAUGCAUCUGUUUGUUGUCCUCCUCAGUUUUAAAAUGUCUUACCUCUUAUUUCCUAUGAACACCGAAGGGGUCGUUCAAUCGUACGUCGUGACUAAACAGUGAUGUGAGUGGAUAUUAUGAGCGAGCUUUCCUGCAGAAAACGUGGCCUCGGUUUUCUAACGUUUAGAAGAAAAUACUUGCACGGACUAUCAUUCAACAAAAUGGGAAUGACAAGUCUAGGAGGUCUCCCAGGGUGUAGUAGGUCUUUAUUGUGAUUUCACUUCGCAUCACUGAAUUUAAAGGGGCUCUUUAUAUCAUUUGAUUCCUGAGUAAAAUAGGAUUAAUAGACGCCGCCGUGUAACGCUGUCAUAAAAGACAUCACACAAUAGCAUAGGUUUGGCGUAAAACCUAACCAUGCGGGCUACUUUUAUCGUUUAAAUUUAUUGUGUGUUCAUUUGAUAAAGUGUAGAGUAAAGUCCAUUUUUACAAUGUCUAUUGCAAAGAUUCGGGUUAUGUAUCACAGCAAAUACAUUCAAAUAACCUGAACAGUUCGUAUUAAAUUUACUUUUAGAAUGGUUAAAAUAUCAUAGAUAUAAAAACUAGCUUAGUAGUGAUAUCCCUGCAAAUGUCGAUCUCGGUGUUUCUGCCGUAGACAGUCCGAAUAUCUGAUGUUCCACACGAGUUCAUUUGAGAUCUAUCUUAACACCUUCGACGAUUAUGAAUGAACGCGACUGCAAGGACUUCCCAAGCUGCAUAGUGCGUUCGGUCUUAUAGGGAUUUCGGUCGUCUUUGAGACGCCAGUGCAGUGCUUCGCCUUUCGAGGAUGGCUUGAGAGGCGUACAAAGAUUAAGUCCAAUGCUAUUGGUUAUUGGCUUGCGAAAUUUAAUUGGUUCACAACGCAAUACCAAGAGAAAAUGCAAAUCUGCAUUGGUUGCCUUUUGUAUACUGAUUUAAUCAGCUAACUUACAAGGUAACUAGAUUUGAAGUGAUCUUUGGCAUCUUCAAUCAACUUGAUGACACAGAUAACCAACAUGUAACGCGAGUAAAGGGACAGCUAUACUUUAAAAAGAGAUAACCGUCAUUUGCAGCAUAAAAUAUUAUGCGCUCUCAGCGGAUCAAACGAACUGUAAGUUUUCAGUCCAAAUGCAGAAGAGACCUCCAUAAAAAGCGGACUUUCAGUGAGACGGGGCGAUAACUUCGCCUAGACUGAUUAGUAAUUACCGGAAUCGAGUACACGUCUAACGUAAUUAACGCACGUACAAUUGUCCGGCGACAUCACUAAACAACUCAGAUGGAAAAUAAUCCUAGUAUUUCAAUGACGACCCAAGAAGUCGAUGCAUUCAGCAGGCGUCGGCGUGCUAGAAACCGUGUUCCAACAGCAUAGUAAUAGGGCCGAGGAAAAAGACAGUUCUGAGCGUUUUUCAAUCCUUUGUUGGUAAUGAUGGUUGGGUUAUGAAAUACGCCGCAUGAAAAGAACCAGCAGACCAUGUCAUGGAGACACAUUUUCGUGAAAACGAAAAUUCGGACUUCACUUUGCUACGAUUUUUGGGGGCCGGACUACUGUGUGUAUGUUGGACGUACGCCUUACAGUGUAGACUGCAGAUAAUUGCCUAAGGACUGACACAAUACAUUCUGCUUGUCCCCCUAUUUGAGGGUCUCCCCUAGUUGACACAUCGUUGCCUGUCUUUGCUGUUCAGAUAGACCGCGCUAUUGCCAGCAUAUCGGCAACGUUAAGCCGAAAAAAAUUGUAGAGUCGUUCCAAAACAAGUCCAACUUGUCGUUGUUGGUGGGUUGACUGCUUGGAGAACUGUAAGUCGCAAGUCACAUGUGAGUGUCUGCUCUGUCAGGAUCAACAAACCAUGGCACUCGCAGCCUGGUGUGCGCUGGCAGUUCUCCGGUACCCGGUUCUCUGCUGGUGGACCCGAUUGCAUUUCCGCUGGGUAUACAGAUUGUGUGCAUUGCUGCCUAGUUAUCCACAUCUUUUCUGCUUUUGUUGUUGAUGUUGUUGGUCAAAAUGCCAGUCAAGUGUUUAUUGUGGAGCAGGGUAUGUGGUGGUAUGCCUAGGUUCGGGUUCAGCUGUGCCAGCCACCUACGUCCUCUCCUGCCUCAGAUAUUUUUACCUGCGUCCUGACACGGGGCUCGAGAUGGAGGAGGAGAGAAUGCGGUGGAUGCUAUACAAGCCUUUCCUUACAGUAAACUAUAUCACACGCAGGUUAUCGUGCCUGAUUAUUCUUAUUGGAGAGCACGCGGUGAACAUCGUCCGGGGCGAAGAUCGAACAACAAUUUCAGCUGUUUUGCCAAAAAUAACAGGAGUCUGACUGGGCAUGGUUUGUUUGAAGGUGGCAUAUUACCUCGUGUUAGAGUGAUUCCAUCAGCACAGCGGACGAGUGUUUCCCACUCGGUAACUUUGGAAGUUGCUGAAAUAACUUCUCCAGAACAAAUUCUCCUGCUUCCCAUAACAUCGGUUUGGUCUUUGGACAACAUUGAAAUAUUGAAUUAUUUUACCAUAUUUAAUUCCAGAAUAGUACGCACAGACCUGUUCACGCCCGCUUAGUAUACAUGGCUUUGCUGCUGCAGAUAAAAUCUUGUCUUCCAUUAUAAAAACAACUAUUACUUUAAGGUUUUUUUCGAAGCAGAACUACUAUUCACAAAGUUUUGUUAAUUGCCUAGAGUUCAUUACCAGAAACAGUCUUCUACGAUAAGGUCUGCGCUAUAGUCGGCAUACGUAUUAUUUCUGAUCACCCGAUUGGCCGCACUGUAGAAGCGUUGGUCCAAAAGUUGGGUCGUACAGACUUACGCCAGCGUUAACCAGGUAGAUAAGUCCGCUUCAGGCCAAAAUUACCAUCUAGAUAGUGAUGUGGUAGCACGCCUAGAGGAGGGUCUUUACUCAGCAUCCACCAAUGCGCCCAAUCCCUGUCACCAGCUGGUUGACUGUCUGAAGGAGUCGACUAAUGCGUGGGGAUAGAGAGAGUAAAGCCGACACUGGUAAAACCAUCUGCACGAAAUAUCAGCGUACUAUUACAUAGGUUUAAAUGGAGUGGCGGACUGGGAUCCAGGCUGUCACAACUUCUCCUUAUAGUGACCUCUGGUACUCUCACGAAUGUGAGAUGCAUGCUAUCCAAGCCUUUUUGUGUGAAACCCCGGUGCAUGUGGAGCGCGCAGACGGGGUCAGUGGAUGUGUGGCAGUCCGCUCCGCCUUACUCUUCGCUGCUUCUGUCUCGCUGUCCACCUGUCCGCUUCGCACUUCCUGUCGAUCCGCUGCCUGAAAGUGCGAGGUUUGUCACUAACCUCUGGAGACCAAUUAGUGCGGUUCCUUCCUCUGACUGGCUGACGGACACAGGUGGAGCGAAAGACAUAUGCAUGCUAGGGGGUCUAGGCAGCCCAGCAGACAGAACUUGCCUGGAGACACCGCUAUCGGCGACGGCUUUCAGGGUCUUUGUGUACGGACUUCUUCUGCAGUAAAAGUUGUCUAACCCAAUCCGUCCUGCCUGACUUCUGACUUGGGAACCUCUGUCUUGUCAACCCUACCAUCCCGACAGCUACACUACGUGGGCUAACUCAAGAAAUGCCUACCAAAAUUCCGAAAUACGGUUUGUAAAACUAAUCAUCAUGCAGCAUGGUUAUAUAAUAAUUCAGUUACCUCAGCAUGCCGGCUUUCAAACGAACUUCUUCCCGCCCGCAUGCAAAACUACACUCCGUAGAAAAUGACUACUUAGGUAGCAUGAAUUUUUCUCAUUGACUUUUGAUGCCCUCAAAUAUUUUAUUACAUUUCAUGGAAAACAUGCAUAAAAAUAUUCAUUCUUCUGCUGAUUCGUUUGCAGUCUACGUCUUCGUCCAAUGUUAUACUAGAAGAAAGGGUAUAAUGCGGUUUUCAACAAGUUUUAAUUGUGAGAUUUUUUAAUACCCCGGAAUGGCCGUUCAUAAAACGCCAUGGUUCUGCAUUUACGAAUAUGACUUUUAAAGCCAACAAGAUGGCUCAAACCCACUGCUACAUUUAAUGAACCCAGUAUAGCCUCCAUUUAAUACCGUGGAGAAAUGUAAGGAUUUCCGUACGGUGGAAGUGUACGGCUUGUAGUUUGGAAACACUUGAAUGCAAGUGUAACGGCAGUUCAAAAUUAUUCGGGAAUUGGAAAAGUUUUUGAAACUCGAGUUACACCCUUCCUUCGAGCAUAAAAUUAAAAGAAUACGUAAUUCUCUACUGAAUGACCAAAAUAAUCAAUGUGUUUAUGCAUGUUCUCCAUGAAAUAUAAUUGAAUAUUUAAGACCAUCAAAAAUCAAUGAGAAACAUUCCUGCUAUUUAAGUAGUCAUUUUUACGGAGUUUGGUAUUUGCAUGCAGCCGGAAGGAGAUUCAUUCGAAAGCCGGCAUCCUGAGGUAACUGGAUCAUUAUAGAAUUAUGUUGCAGGCUAAAUAGUUUUACAACACUACUUAAUCAAUCUUUUGUAAACGAAAACUCGUUUCGAAAUUUCGGUUGGCAUUUCAUGAGUUAGCCCACCUACUGUAUAUAAGCCGCCGCGCCCAUUCUCCGGCUUGAACUGUGGAUGUGGCUAAGGAAUGGGAAGGGAGAGUGAGGUCGACGACUCAGCGCACUUUCCUCACCAUAACAAUCUGAUGCGCUUUAAGCCGUUGCUUGGUAGGUUGCCUCAAGUAACGGGAUAACUUGGACCUUGCGGACGGCACAAAGUUGUGUGCUUGUGUGCAGCGGCCUACUAGUAGUCUAAGAGUCAGGCUGCAAUGGCUCUUCCACAAUAUGGCCUUUAUCGCAGUCCCACAACGUGGGAUCCGAACCGGUUAUGAAGGCACGCCCGGGGCCGACUACGGCCUGCCCUACCCCACCUCCGGUUUUCUUGAUUCUGUCUUGACAACGGGCUCAGCAGGGGGGAGUAGAAGAGAAUGCGGCAGAUGCAUCGCAAGUCUAUGUUCACUAUAAACUAAAUCACGCUCAUGCCAUCGUGUCUGUUUCAUUUGUCUGUGGAGCACGCUGGGGACAUCUUCGGCAACGAUGGUCGAACUGUUAUGACAAAUCCGACGUGUUACGACCCACUCAAGGUCGUGGCUCAGCGGAUUGUCAACUGUUGAGUCGACUUAAUCCUUCCCAGAACUGUGAGUCAGAGUGCAUAGGCCCCUUUCUAACGUUACCUCCGGGCACUCUUUUGCAUGCAAAAUCCCAGUUGUCCUUAUGAAGACCGGAUGUAUGCUGUGGGGCCGGUUCGUGCGAAACAUGCGUAGACGGUUAGUUUUAUCAGUCUUCCACCUCCGGGCGUCACGAUAUGGUUCCGUUACCCCAGCCAAGCAGGUCGGGAAGGAGAGUGUAUAUGUAUAUUGUAUAUAUUGUAUAUGUACAUUGAAGGGUUACAGGCAGAGCCCUUGAUGACCCUAUUUAUGUACAGUGCUUUCGCAGAUUCAUACUCAAAAAUAAAAUACAUUUGCAGGCAUUUAAAAUGUGAUUGGGUCACAGUUCAAUCGUAAUCAUAAGGUAGUGCAUGGGGUCACUGUAAAUUGGUGCGGAAGAUUGUAUAUGACAGAUUUUACAAAACUGGCUGUGCAUAGUCAUGCUGUACAAGCCGAUUUCUGUCGAAAACUAGACGAGCAAGUUUUCUUUUAAACACACAAACUGUGUCAGCCGUCGCCAUCUCGCUUGGAAGCGAGUUCCACGGCCUGACAAACCGCUGGCUGAAUGAAAAUUUUCGUCGGUCUAAACGUGUGCGCUCAUUCCCGACUUUGAAUGCAUGGCCGCGUGGUUGGUUUGCACGGGCGAACUCAAAGAAAUCCUUUGCUCUUAAUGAGCAACCCUGGUCGCGAACAAUCCGGAACGUCCAGAGUAGACUGCAGUUUAUUUGUCUAUAAGAGAGAGGGAAUAGGCCAAGCAAAUUUAGCCUCUCCUGAUAAGAUAAAUGCUUUAGACCGUCGACCAUCUUUGUCGCUCUGCGUUGCACCUGUUCGAGUAAGUUGAUAUCCUUCCUCAUCCAUGGUGAAGCUGCUGGCAUUCCAUACUCUAGAUGAGGUCUUACAAAGACACCAAAGAGUCUUUCGAAAAGUUCGGGAGGAAAUAUUUUAAAUGCACGUGUGAUCCAGUGUAGAGUACUAGUUGCCUUCUGGACCAUCUUUCUGCAGUGUUCUGGUGGCGAUAGAUUUGUGGUCGUCCAUACACCCAGAUCUCUGUGUCUUUCCACAGUUUCUAACCUCGUCCCGUCAAUAUAGUACUGGUGUUUGGGAGAGGCAUUGCGGCCGGUGUUUAGGUGCAAAACCACGCAUUUGGACACGUUAAACUUCAAAAGCCAUCUGUUCGACCAAACACACAGUUUGUUGUUGUUCGACUGCAACUUCUCUGCGUCAUCAUCACACUUGACUUCACUCCAUAUUUUUAUGUCAUCCGCGAACAUGAGAGCCUCACAAUUCACUUCGCUGAUGCAGUCAUUAACAUAAAUCAGGAAGAGUACUGGGCCUAAGACAGAACCCUGUGGGACACCACUUUCCACCUUUACCCAUUCCGAGGUAGAAUUACUAAAGACGACUCUUUGUAGUCUGGAGGACAGAAAACUUCUGAUCCACUUAAAAAUUCUCCCUUGAAUCCCUACAUCCCAGAUCUUUUGCAAAAGAAGCCUGUGUGGGACACUGUCAAAGGCCUUCUUAAAGUCAAAAAAUGCGUAGAUGCGGCGCAAGCCUACCCCAUUUGUAACUAAUUCACGCCCAUGUCAUCAUCACGCGCCCACUCCGUGGAACACAUGGUCGACGUCAUCGUUCGUGAUAGGUAAACAGUUACGUCUCUCAACAUCCGCGGAGAUUGAGAAUGAGUGUCCGUACUGUCGAUGAGAUCCAGCUGCCUGACUACUGCCACUACGCUUUCAGCACCCUAGGUCCACACUCUUUGCAGGCUGACCGUGGCCGCAGACAUAAAACUCAUUGUCAAAACAGGCAAAACAUAAACAACACACUCUCUGCUUCCCCUUCCCACGCCUUUCCAGACGCCAGACCGGUAGGGUGAGUCCUGAGACGUGGAGCAACUCUCUCCCUACUCACCCAUAUGGGUCCAUGAAUUGGGGGAUUGCUUUGCAUUCCCCUGUGACACUGCAGAUAACCGAGUCUUGGUGUGCCCUCCUUAUGCGCUUGCAAAUCUUGCAGAAGCUCAGGAUGGACAUUUGUUCAAGCGCAAGACACCAAAAAUGUAUGAACGUUUUUUGCACACUGAGUCACUAAACGCUUUUUUAUCUGUGAACGACUGACUCUAGACUGUGCCGCUUUUAAGUCACCUGUGAACUCAAGUUUGGGAAAGGAGACCUUGACGCGACACGACAGAAGAAGAACUAGAGCACUUUUUCGUGGUUGCCAUCAAGGACUGCGCAGUUACGGCCUAUAUAUUUAGCAAUUCGUGUUAACUUUCAUGGCAUCUGCUGGUUAAGGAUCGACUAAUGUUGAGGAAACCAUUCACAGUCAAGCUAAAAAGGCACGUGACAAUAAGUACAGUAGAUGUGCUAACUCAUGAAAUGUCAACCAAUAUUUCGAAAUGCGUCCUGGUUUCGAAAAAAUAAAUUAAGUAGUGUUGUAAAACGAAUCAUAAUGCAGUAUAAAUCUUUAAUUAUUUAGUUACCUCAGGAUGUCGGCUUUCGAAAGAACUUAUUUUUGGCUCUGCAAAAAGUGACUACUUAAGUAGCAUGCAAUUUUCUCAUUGAUUUUCAAUGUCCUUGAAAAUUUAAUUAUAUUUCAUAGAAAACAUGCAUAAGAAUAUUCAUUCUUUCACUUAUUCGGUAGAAAAUCACAUCUUCUGCCAAAAUCAUACUCAAAAGAAGAGUAUAAUUCGGUUUUAAAAGAGUUUCUAAUUGUGCGAUUUUUUUAAUACCGUUAAAUGGCCGUUCAUGAAACGUCAUGUAUCUGCAUUUACGAAUGUAGCUUGUAAAGUUAACAAUAUUGCUCAAAUCCAUGCUUAAUUUUAUGAACUUCAUAUAGUCUCCUCUUAAAACUAGAGAAAUGCCUGGUUUUCCGUACACGAAAAAUAUACAGCUUGUAGUUUUUAAACCUUGAAUGCAAGUGUAAGAGUAGGUCGGGUUCAAAAUUAUUCGGGAAUUAGAAAAGUCUUUAAGACCGAAUUAUACUCUUCUUUUAAGUAUGAAUUUGGCAGAAGAUGUGAUUUUCUACCGAAUAAGUGAAAGAACGAAUAUUCUUAUGCAUGUUUUCUAUGAAAUAUAAUUAAAUUUUCAAGGGCAUUGAAAAUCAAUGAGAAAAUUGCAUGCUACCUAAGUAGUCAUUUUUUGCAGAGUAUAGAUAUUGCCUGCAGCCGAAAAUAAGUUCGUUUGAAAGCCGACACCCGAAGACAUUUGGAUCAUUAUAGAUUUAUGCUGCAUCAUGAUUACUUUUACAACACUACUUAAUUUAUCUUUUCGAAACGAAAACGCAUUUCGAAAUUUUGGUUGACAUUUCAUGAGUUAGCACAUCUGCUGUAUUUAAUAUAUCUCAUUGAGUUUUUAUACUAUUACCAUAGCCAUGGAAACACGUUUACGUUUGUAAUGUUACAAAAAGAAACCCACAUUUUAUCAUCGAAGGUCAUGCAAGCAUAUACCCGACAGGUGUUAGGCUCUGAGGCACACACUUUGCACCCUUCUCUGCUAAUCGCAGGCUUGUGGUUAUGGUUGACAUACCAAUUUCGAUCAAGGCGAAUGAAUGUUGGUAGCUACGUUAUGAAUCACGCAUGUGUAGGCAUUGGAAAAUCUUCAUUCUUUUGGCUUUUUCGAUUUAAUGUUGGCGUCAGUAACUUGUAGUUUUGGAAGAAACAGAAGAGGACUCGAUCAGUGGAACAAAAAGUUAUAUCAGCAUGACGUUUCAAAUUCUCGCUCGAACACAUCAUCAGAGACAGUUGCAGAUAAAGGUAGUGAAGGCACAAAAACUGCAGUAUUUGUAGCACGUAGCUGCGGCGGGGCCAUAUGCGUACUAUGAUUAUCAGCUCUCGUGAUCACGGCUGGGGUCGAAGUUAAGGCAAUGACGUUUCGUCUGUUCGCGUCCGAGUCGUUAUUUGCCGCAAUUUCGACUCCAACGGUGACCACGAGAGCCAGAAAGCCGGAAAGCCAGUGUGCCUUCCAUCGUCAUUGUGGAACCACCGACAUGAUCUGCGCGGCCCACUAACUGCAGGAGAAGUGUCAGGAGAUACGGACUCACCUGUACUCUACCUUCGUACAUCUGACGAAAGUCUUUAACACGGGGAAUCGUGAAGGACCAUGGAAAAUAAUGCAGAAAUUCGGCUGUCCUGAACGAUUCACCCAUGGGGUGUGUCAGCUUCAAGACGAGAUGAUGGCGUGAGUCACAGACAAUGGAGCUUUCUCAGAGGCAUUCUCAGUGAACAACGGAGUGAAACACCCAUUUCAGUCUCAUAUUCUCCGCCAUGCUGUUGGACGCCUACCGUGACGAACGCUCUGGAAGCCGCAUCGCCAACAGGACGGACGACCACCUACUCAAACAGCUGUGCGCGCGCUUCCAGUCGCGUGUAUCCAAAACCAUCGUCCACGACCCUUUCUUCGCCGAUGACUGCGUCCUGAACGUCACCUCGGGAAUGGACAUGCAAAAGAGCAUGGGUUUCUUCACGGCCGCAUCUGACAACUUCGGUCUGGUCAUCAACACGGUAAAGACGGUUCUUAUGCAUUAACCGCCACCCUACGCUGCCAAAGUCGAACCUCAAAUCAACGUAAACGGCGCCCAACUGCAAGUGGUGUACAGUUUUACCUACCUGGGCAGUACACUCUCUUUCCACACUGAGAUCGACGAUGAAGUAGCCCGCCAGAUCUUCAAGGCCAGCCAAGCCUUCGAUCGUCUGUAAAGCACAAUUUAGAAUCGCCACGGUCUUCAUCCCAGCACCAAACUGAAGAUGUACAAGGUAGUCGUCCUGCCGACGUUGCUGCAUGGAGCGGAAACCUGAACAGUGUACAAGAAGCAGGCGCAAAGACUCAGGCGCGGACUGACAAGCCAAAGUCGCACCAAUUACGACCCUGGCGGUGAUUGCGAGAUCUGUUAAUUAUAGUACGCAUGUGGCCCCAUGGCAGCUACGUCCUACAAAUACUGCACUCUUGCUGCCUCCACCACCCUUAUCUGCAACCGUCUCUGAUGAUGGGUUUGAGUGAGAAUCCGAAACAUCAGGCGACUAAAUUUCUUGUUCCAGUGAUUGUAUCUUCUUCUUUCUAACUGCUUCCUGGAACUCGCAUGUGCGCUUCUAUCGCUACUGCCUUUUUUUCUUUAGAUCUGACACAUGGAACAGUACCAUCCGCGCUUCCUUCCCAUGUUACCGAAACCAUUCAGCCAUACGCAUGUUGAUCUUCUAACGAAUGAAGUUGGUUUCAGUUAAAACCUUAGGGGUCAUAAACAUAUGGCUACAUUUUGUGAAAUACUUGUCCGUUGAAUGAUGCGUAUAUAAGUUUUUCAACAGACUGUCACGUGGUACGGACUAAAAUAGGACCCAACAAAACAUAUGACAAAAAAUAAAUGACACUUUUUCUCAAGCUAGAUGUUUUGCCACGAAAUAUUACCAAUUACUCAUCUUUAAUCAUAGGAGUUUAGGUCGACGCUUGUAAAAAUUCGCUACAAGGACUUACCACCGGUCAAGCGUUUUGGACUGAGAGCUGUUCUAGCGGGAAAUCCAGGCAUGCGACUUUCAGCUGCUAAGGUCCAAGCUGCCGACCACUUGCGGAACAUCGAAUCACUGGGUCGUUCAGGCGUGUUCGUUCAGGAGGUACCGGAUCCAGUAUCAGGUGGCUUUCCAAACUCCAAAGCCGCUGGUGGAUUCUACCUGGAGCCUGAUGGUGUAUGGCCAACAAGCAUGCAGAAGGGACCGCCCACCGUUAGGAACGAACAAAUUGCUUCAAGAAAAACAAUAACGGAUGAGGUCUACGUACCGCAGAGUUAUCUUGAAGCCUACAACUGUCGACCACCACCAAUUUUCAUUCCCCUGAUUGUGUUGGCACAGGUAAGUAUUUAUGUUCUGCGAUAGCGCUUAUGUAAACAUUUGAGUAGCCAAGUUGGACGAACGUUCAUUUUUGAUUAUUUAUCUUCGAACCUAUUCAUUAGCGUAAGUUAGGCUAAAGUAGCAAAAGCGGAGAUAGCCAAUGAACAGUCUUUAUAUAGUAAAGGGUUGAGAGUGUCGAGGAAUUCUACUUAAGCUUCUCAACUGUAGUAGGACAUGGUUGGAUACUUCAACGAACAUGCCAGACUAAUCUUAGACCAGGGUAGUUUGAGGGCGUUUAUGAACCCCUCCCCCUGGAGGCACAAAAUUGGGUUUGCUGACAAUGUUGCCAGCACCGUCGUCUUCACAGACAACUCAACCAUGUACUCGCAGAAGACUUUCGUACAAAUUUCUCAAACUGCCUUGGUACAAGAUUAAUCUAGCCUGUUCUCUUCACAUCCUCCCACGUCAUAAUACAGUGACGAAACUAGAGCAUAUUUCACCGCCAAAUUCUCCCCCUCCCCCGCCACCUCCGCGUCAGGUCUCUGAAAGACCCGACAACCCUUAACGUCCUCAACCAGCUAAUCAAUGGCUGUUACAACCUUGGCUCACUUCCCUUUACCGUGCAGGUUUGAAAAUGGAUAGGCGAAAUCAGACGUCUACAACCUUUAACGUCCUUUCCUUCAAAUUUACCAUGAGUUCAUUUUCACCCAAGGUUAAUUCUGCAGAAAUAUUAUAGCCAACGCUUUCGACCAAUUAGAACUACUGUGUAGUAAAACGCAGGAGCACAGUCAGUGCUUUUUAUUUUCUAAAUUAAGAUCUGAGGUUACAGUAGACAUGCUAACUCAUGCAAUGUUGGCCGAAAUUAUGAAGUGCGUUUUCAACUCAGCGUGCAGCAUAAUUCCAUUAUAAAUCCGUUACUCACGGAUGCCGGCUUUUGAAGAAACCUCUUUACGUCCGCCUGGAAAGACAACGCUCUGCCAAAAAUGGCUGCUUAAUUAGUGGGCAUUUUUCUCAUUGCUUCCGAUGCGCUUCGAAAUUCAGAUAUAUUUCGCAGCAAAAUACAUCCAAAAAUAUUCACAUUUUCAAUUACUUGGUAGAAAAUUAUGUCUUCUUUUAAUCUUAUGCUUGAAGGAAAACUAAAACUCUGUUUCAAAAUAGUUUUCAAUCAUGGGAUUUUUAAAAUUUUGAAAUUCCCCUUCAUAAAACAUCGUAUCUCCGCAUUUACUAAUUUCGCUCGCUAAGUUUACAAUGUGACCGAAAUCUACUGCCGCAUUUUAUAAAAGCCAUAUGUUCUACUUUUAGCACGGUAUAGAAAUUAUGCUUUUCCGUUGUUCGGUAGUUUGACUUCAAAAUUAUUUGGGAAUCGGAAAAAUUUUCAAACCGAAGUAUACCCUUCUUUUAAGCACAAAAUUUAAAUACGACGUAAUAUUCUAUCAUAUUAGUAAAAAAUGAAUAUAUCUGUUUAUGUUUUUUGCGAAACAUAUUUUAAUUUAUAAGAGCAUCGAAAAUCAGUAAGAAAAAGGCAACUACCUAAGUUGUUUCUUGCAGUGUGUGGUUUUUUGCAGGCGGUCGAAAAAGGUUUAUUUAAUGGCCGGCAUCCUGAAUUUGGUGAUUUAUCGUGAGAUUGUGCUGCAUGUUGAUUACUAUUUCAACUUUACUUUCAUAAUCUUAGAUUUGGAAACGCAUUUAGAAUUUCAGCUAAUAUUUUAUGAGUUAGCCCAUCUACUACAUUCCCGGGGAUAAAACUAGCUGCGUGGACACUGUAACACUUGUUCACCAUUUUCCUCCCUGUCACAUAUCAAGAGCGGGGUUGGUCAGACGAGUAGGAACUACGGUGGGAGACUAGCUUCAUAAAUUAUGAAGGAAAUCCUUAAAUACGGGUUGCACUAAUAAGGAUAGAUGGAAUGGUAUGGGGCGCUCACCGAUCAUUAUUACGGAACCCACUCGUUCCGAUGUGCUUUACGGGCUUUUUCUCGAGCCAAACCAGCAGGCGCACAGCGGCGCACGAUAUAAGCCGAAUGGCAUUACCGACAAAGACAAGGGAGACUGGAAAGGUCAUUUCUGGCUUAUUAGUCGUCGUCAGCCAGCUAUACCCAACCCCGGAAGUGUGGAACACCUGAGGCUCGAACUUGCGAAGGACAGAUGGGUUGGGAAAGGUUGACCUGCACAUCACAAGCGAAAUUUUGACCAAAGGCGCGUCGGCGUUCAUCUUAGAAGACCCCCAACUGCCUGGCGAUAGCAACCGAGAGAUUGCGUCGAAACUAAAGAGGCGUCCGUAUUUUCGGACAAGAAAUGCAGUCAUCCAUCUGCAGAGUCUGAAUAAAACAGGGCGUGACUUGUUAAAAUAUUCAGCUUGUGCCUGUACAGACAUGCAUUGUCGUCUCUGAGGGGUGGGGGGGUAUUCAUUAACUGCGGCUAGGGCAGCCGCCUGUUCGUUUUAAAAACCAUACCUGAAGCCUUGAAUGGACAUCGCCGCUGUGGCACUUGUACCAAAAGGGCGUCUAAAUGUCACAUUGCAUGCAUCAUUUGGGUGGAAGUGAGUUGCCGUGAGUUUCAAUCCACGCCAUUCACUGUGCUCAGUCUCAUCGCCAGCAGAUCGCAGGUUUAGGCAGACCGCCAUUGCAUGGAAGAAUAAUAAGUGUGUGAUAAGGGCUCUAAGCACUCCUCGUGACAAGUGAGCAUUCUGAUUUAUCACAAACCACCCAAAUGCCUGGCUUGAUGGCUGUCAGCUGAUGGCGAAACUCAGUCCUCCUAUCUCUUCUAAGACUGGCUCAGGGGUGCAGUUGUGGACAAUUCCGAGCUCAAUUCUGGCCUACAGAUUAUUUAGUUCUGUCGAGCAUCUCACUCACGGCCACUUGGAGCCGUCCGUCCUUGAGACAGAAAAGGUCUGGGUACAGAAGACAAAAUAGACGUCACGCUAGGCCGCCUUGCCAUGAACGGACAGACGCCAGUGGAUGAAUGUCAUAACCAGAAGCGAUUUGCUUGGCUUCUUUUUUCCGAUGCUUCACGCCGGGGGGAGGGGAUGGACAGCGCACUCGACCGCAGGUGAAUUUUUCCGUCUGGUUUCUGCCGGUCCAGUUUGGCAACCUCUAUGUGCAGGGGAUUGUGUACACGUUGAAGAUCACGUCUCCUGAGCUGCUUUUCUCAACACAUAUCGACCGGUCGAACUCGCAACCGGACAAGGGCGCAGAUAUUUGUGUCGGGACAUUAUUCACAACAGGUGCGGUUGUGCGUUUUUAACGUAUUGGCAUUCUAAGCAACCGUAAUGUAUUUAGUACCCGGUGGACUAUUACCCCUUCCACAAACUGACGCGCCUUCCUGUGUAUCACUCGGUAGUAAAGAGCCGAGUCAGGUGUGGAGACGAUUGAAAUACCAAAUAAUCCUAGGGAUCACCGAUGACGCCUUAUAUGUUUAUCUAAUGAUGAACGUCUACCCCAGGGUGAGGUCUGGUCAACCGAAUUUGGAUACCGUAGAGUUUUACUUUUUUUCUGACUCAUAUCCACAUGUACAGGUCCGUUUUAAGUGUCGCCACGAGAUCGUUCAAGUAACCUCUCUUCGGGCUGCCGCGAUGGGCGUUACCAAGCCAGACAACCUACGUGGAUAAAUUAUUUUGUUUUGUAGAAAAUAUGGGCUGCCAAGGUGAACUAUGUUUAAGAAUGUUAUAAGCUGUCGGCAGACUGACGGCUAAAGAGAAGAUUUGAGAAAAUAGACGUAAAGUGGAAUGACGGAGCCCAGCUGGUCCUCGUAGUGUCGCAGUGAUUUGUGGUUUCCUCAGAAUUUGACCACAGGUUAAAAGCACAUGCAUCUUCAGGAUUUCGGGCAAUUUACACAUUUAGCCUGGAUUUUGGUGAAAGAAGUAUCUUGUUUUUGAUAUAUAUAUUAUCUAUUCAGUAUGGUAUUACCGACAAGUACAAGGGAGACUGGAGGCCAGGGACUAGAGACCGUCUCCCUUGUCUUUGUCGGUAAUACCAUACUGCCUAUAUCAUGCGCCGCUGUGCGGCUGCUGGUUGGUUUCUCCGUUGUGUCCGUAAUGCACAACGGAACGAGUGAGUUCCGUAAGAAAUAUCAUUGUGCGCCCACUACCACCAUAUAUAUAUAUAUAAACGUCAAAUCAGUAAAUCAUGGUUCCUGUGGUCGCCUUAUUUUCUCAUAUAUCUAUAUGUCAUGUCCCGGAGACUUAACGGCAUGUCCUGCACUAAAUAAUUUCUGAAACUAUUCGCUUGAUAUAUAUAUAUAUAUAUUGAAAAUAAGUAAGAUUCUUUGGGAAGGGAAUAAACUUUAAUGAGUAAAUUUUCGAGUCUGGUUCCCCAGCUCGUCGUCAGACUUUUGGGCAAUGUACAAAAACAGUUAACUAUUUAACCGUGUCAAACAAGUGAUUCUAUGGUUGGCCGAAGUCUGCGCCAAUGCGCGUCAACGAUUUCGUCAUCCCUUCGGCAUUGGCUGCGCUCGCUUCCAUUUGUCCUUGAGAAAUUUGUAUGUGGCAUCUAAAUCGAUAUGCCGAUUGAUGCAUGCCUCAUCUGAGUGCAUUGCUUCCAGGAAUUCGCGGCCUUUCCUUAUUGGGCAGGCGCCAACAAUGCGGGUGUUCUCCCAUGCAAAUUUGUGUCCAGUGUCCAGUGUGUGCAUAGCCACCUGGGAUAAAUGAUAUCGUCUCCUCACCGCUAACUGAUGCUCAUGUAAGCGGGUAGAGGCGGAUUUCCCAGUUUGGCCACAAUACACGGCAUCACAACUGGAACAUGGUAUCUUGUAGACAACACCUUUCCUAUCAAGAUAGCCAACCCUGUCCUUAGGGUGUACAAGCUGUGUACGCAAGGUGGUUGUAGGUUGGUGUGCUACGUGUAUCUGAUGCUUUUUCAGUUGUCUUUCGACAAGUUCAGAUACAUUUUUGAUGUAUGGGAGGGUCCGCCAGGUUAAAGUUUUUGGUGCUUGGGUUUCCGCUGUUUUCGAAAUACCUUUCUGUUUAAACUCAUGUUUCAUGCAAUGAUGCACAAAGUGGCGCGGGUAGCCGUUGUGGGAAAAUAAUUUGAAAAGGUAUUUCACUUCUGCUUGAUAACUUUCUUCAUCAGAGCAGUGUGUUUUAGCUCGGUUUAGUAGGCUGUAGACAGUACUCCUCUUGUGAGUGAUGGGGUGGUUACUCUCAAAGUGUAGGAUGACCUCGGAGUAUGCUUCUUUGCGAUAAACUGAAGUCUGAAGGGAUCCAUCAGUUUUUCGGCAUACGAGGACAUCUAGAAAUGGGAGCUGUCCGUCAACCUCUGUUUCAAAUGUGAACUGAAUUCCUGGAAAUGUGGAGUUAAGAUUUGUGUGAAGUUGGUCUAAUUGGUUUCUCUUGACAAUGACAAAUGUGUCAUCAACGUAGCGUAGCUAUAGUUUUGGAUUAAUUUUUGGAAGGGCUAUAGACUCCAGUUUCUGCAAUAUGGCUUCUGCUAGAAAGCCAGAUAUAGGCGAACCCAUAGGAGCACCUUUCAGUUGCCGAUAACAUUGUUUGGCGAAAGAAAAGUUGGUUUCUGGACAAACAUCAAGAAGUUGGAGUAGAGCGUCGACAGGCACAUCAGUGGUGUAGGUCUGAAGGAGUUCUUCGGUGCAGUGUCUCGCUAAAUCUAAUGGAAUCGAGGUGAAAAGGGAGACUACAUCGAAUGAAACCAUUAUCUCGUCGCCAGCAACAGUCACUCCUUUUAAUUUGUCUAGGAACUGAUUCGAAUCUUCAAUGGAGUUCUCAGAGUCCUUUGUAAGUGGAUGCAGAUGGUGAAAUAACCACUUAGAAAUCUUGUAGUUUGGUGCACCGAUUAAGGAGACUAUCGGUCGCAGUGGAAUACCUACUUUGUGAACUUUAGGAAGUCCAUAUAUUUUGGCAAUUGUGGGUUCGUCUUGUUUUAAGGAUUUAGCCAGAACUCCUGAGAUUAAUUUCUUUCCUGUAAGGCGCUUUAGUGUUUUCUCGAUGCAUGAAUUCUGCGAUUUUGUGGGGUCAGCAUCUAGGGGUUCGUAGGUGGAUUCGUCUUUUAAUAGUGUCAUCAUCUUCUCUGUGUAAUCCGUCUUGUUCAUUAUGGUGGUGGAGCCUCCUUUGUCAGCGGGCAGAAUGAUAAUGUUUUCAUCAGUUUUAAGACAACUGAAAAAGCAUCAGAUACACGUAGCACACCAACCUACAACCACCUUGCGUACACAGCUUGUACACCCUAAGGACAGGGUUGGCUAUCUUGAUAGGAAAGGUGUUGUCUACAAGAUACCAUGUUCCAGUUGUGAUGCCGUGUAUUGUGGCCAAACUGGGAAAUCCGCCUCUACCCGCUUACAUGAGCAUCAGUUAGCGGUGAGGAGACGAUAUCAUUUAUCCCAGGUGGCUAUGCACACACUGGACACUGGACACAAAUUUGCAUGGGAGAACACCCGCAUUGUUGGCGCCUGCCCAAUAAGGAAAGGCCGCGAAUUCCUGGAAGCAAUGCACUCAGAUGAGGCAUGCAUCAAUCGGCAUAUCGAUUUAGAUGCCACAUACAAAUUUCUCAAGGACAAAUGGAAGCGAGCGCAGCCAAUGCCGAAGGGAUGACGAAAUCGUUGACGCGCAUUGGCGCAGACUUCGGCCAACCAUAGAAUCACUUGUUUGACACGGUUAAAUAGUUAACUGUUUUUGUACAUUGCCCAAAAGUCUGACGACGAGCUGGGGAACCAGACUCGAAAAUUUACUCAUUAAAGUUUAUUCCCUUCCCAAAGAAUCUUACUUAUUUUCAAUUAAAUUUCUUGGGAUGCCCGUUUUCCAGCAUAUAUAUAUAUAUAUAUUUGUGUCCCUGGCGGCACUAGAGGGAGAACCCCAAGGCAAAACGCAAGGAGUGUGUUCCGUAACAUUAUUGGUACGCGCCCCUCCACAACUUUUGAUAUGCCUAAUCGCAACCGACAGGACACUGAGUCCAUUGCUCACUUGUGAGGACGUUGGACUUCUAACUAGCAGAUCGCGAGUGCGGACCUCGGGGCUUUUAUGCUUUUUGCUUAGCCAUGGCUGGCCAGUAACGACUAAUACCGCCGGGAAAGACGAUUCGCAGUUUCUCUUGUAUUUGUCGGUAAUUCUAUUCUGCCUAAUUUACGCGCCGCUGUGCCGCUUAUUGUGGAGCUAAAAAGGGAACCCUAAAGCACAAGGGUACAAGUGAGCUCCGUAACGCGAUCGAUGAGGGCUACUUUGCAAUCUUUUAUACAUGUAGAUGUACGUAUAUCUUCCCUAACUGCGAAUUAACUGAUACUGACAUCAAUGCGGUUGAGUGAGUGAUCAUCUUUAUUCCAGGCAUAAGUUUACGGGGCAUGGGUAAAAAGAAGCAAAUUAUGCCAAAUGACCUCAUCUCAUUAUAGGGACUUGUGCUGGUCUAAGACCGUUUUGGCCUAUCCCAAAAUCAACAGGUCGGCUCUCUGAGGCAACUGGGUUUUGAUGAGAGACGAUUUUCUGGAGACUGUCGCGCGUCUUAUGAUGCUUUGACAUGCCCUAAACCUCUAUCAUAUAUGCCCGUGUGGGGUACAGGUGUACUUUAUGAAGAUUUUCCCUCGGCUCUACGUGUCAGCAGGGGUCUUUGAUCUUUAUGCGCAGAUUUUUUAAGGGGCGAUGUCACAGGAGUUAAAGGAGUUGUGUUAUCCGUAAGGCGUCAUGACUUUUAUUUUAUAUCCAGCCCUGUCCAGAGCAACUGAGAACUGAGAUCCUUUAGUUCAUGGUGGAUUAUGCCGCCAUCACUGUUCACGCUUGACAGGCGUUAAAAGAAGGUGGUUUUUUUCUAUCUGACUAACUCCGAUGUUUUACGAGAAUCUGAAACUUGUUUGCCUGGUAAUUGCUGAACGACACUGCCAAAUAUGGCAAUUAUCCGGUCAGAAUACAAACAAAAUAAUUUAACAUAUAAGGGAAAUAACAGACCUAAAAUAUAAUAUCCUGCCCUGAUCCGGGGUCUGCAUGGUCCGGAUAGGAAAUCUGCGCUCGUAUAUCGGCCUCAGAAAGGACACUUUGGACAGUGCUUUGUCGAAUUCAUUUGCCUGAACCACAGUGGUCUACGCGACGAUUGACUAUUUGCACAGAAAAUGAUACAGUCGAGAGUAUGCUCUCCUCACCUGUUGACAUUUUGGUAGUGUUUAUCAUAAGGCCAUAUUUACUUUUAUUAAUAUAGCUCAGUGUUUAACCAUACUGACGGCUUUCAAGGCGUACGGACACGGCUUGAUGCUUAAAAGACGCAGUACUUAGUGGCAAAUAUACAUUUAGAAAAGUACGCAUUGUGUGGAGUAACACUGCGGGAGUUGGUCUUGCUGGUACGUUCUCCAAAGUAUUCUAAAUAGCUUUUAACAAUUCGUGAUUAUAAUGUUUAGGGGGUAAUUCGCGGUAUUAGGUCUGUCUCCAGGAAGAUAGUUAUAUUUAAGCAUAUCCGAGUUUGUUAAAACAGAACUAGAAGCUAGGAGUUGGGGUUGUUUUGUCUGAUGACGGCAGAUGAGCUGGCAAAGUCCCACAUUAAAAAUCACUCGAGAUACGUCGUGAAUAGUAUUUCAAUAUGAAUUUCAAUUUCCCUGGUGACAGAGACCGAAUCCGGAGUAUAUGUCGACUGCAGGACAUGCAACCCACUGAAAACCCGGGUGUUGAGCAAAAUAUACGGUCUUAUUAAUUCUGGGUUUGGUAUGCGAUCGGUAGUCCACGUUUCUGUCGUUCAAAUUCACCCCAUUACCGAGGUCUUGCACGGAUGACCUUUAUGCUUUCCAACCACUGACGGAAACCUUGCAUAGUCAAUCUCGCAGUUGUUCCUUUAUUUGUGGAGAAAGUUCUCAAAGAUGAAAUCCUGGACUUCACCUGUAAACCCAUUCAUUCAGGGCAGAUAAGUAAAUAACAGUUGCAUUUAACGCUCAGAAGGUAAACGUGUUCUUUUUGGCUGCUUACAGAUUGGCGUUUUCAUCUACUACGCAGUCGAGCUGAAUAAGCGCGCCGUAUCGGAGCCGCUUAACCAACUGACAAUGAUCUCCGGUUUCCCCUACUUUAGUCCCCUCUACUUUGAUCCCCGUAGACGACGAGAGGUCUGGCGUUUCCUCUCCUACUUUCUUGUUCAUCAGGUUAGCUUCUGCACAUUUUGCUGUAAGUCUUUCGCACCAACUGGUCUGCUCUGAAACACAGGGUGACUGUUACUGUUUUUGAACUGUGCGCCGGGCAGCUUCAUUUCAAUUCGUUCACUUCGGACGGUUUGCUAAACCAAAUUACCAUAGGCUUCUCGUUGCAGGGUGACGUUUUCCCUCUACCAGUACUGAAAUAAAUCCAAGUGCUUCAUACUUCUCGCAGGAUUUUAAUCUUUGAAUGAUCCUUCCUGGACAGAUGGCAUGGCUGACGAUUUAGUAAAUCUAUUGUGUGCCGGUUAUUCCUGCAGCGUCACAGUGAGAAGCUGCCCACUGCAGAUAAAGCUCACGCUUUUAAGCUUCCGAAUCCUUGAGAGAAAUUGAGAGGUGAUACUCCCCUUCAUAUGGGACGUGGAGAGAUUUAGCCUAAAUUUGGAAUUGAUUCAAUUUAAGUAGUACUGUGCUUGUGUGUACAUUUACGGGACUGAAAAUGAGGGCUUAGCCGUUGAGUCGGAUUAAGCAUGGCUUGAUAAAUUCUGCACCCAAGUCUUUAUCACUAUCUUAUGAAGGAAAUCUUCCUAUUAUUCGUCGACAUGUCGUAGAUAUGCAUAUCAUUGAUUCAACUCGAGCCCUUUUAGUGAACUCUCUCGUUGACUGUGCGGGAAAGUCGAGGUAGCAACAACUUUUUAACAGCAGGAUUAAUAUUGUCAUGUUUCAAUGAUAAAGUUAAUCUCGUAAACUGGGAUAUGAUCCUCUCCUUGCCCAGGCCUUUACUCUGUCAUGGGCUUCGUUAAUUUUUUUCUGAUUUCCAUAUCUUCAUACCGUAAUUGGGAUGGAGAGGAGAGAGCGCACAUGAGACUUUUUUCGAAAAUGAUAUUAUGUUAAAUUGCAAAUAUGUGUUUUCUUUUGUGACAUAAUAUGGGGAUAGCCUUCAUUUACUCUCCCUUCAUACACCCGGGGCUUCUUGUUGAAGAAAAGCAGACAAUUGACUGCCAUUCACCCUCUCAUUAUCGAAGUUUAAAAUCGUACAUGGUUGGACUCUGAAGUUAGCGGUUAAAAUAACUUCCUCAUCUGUCGUUGAAGUAAACGACUACAAAUAAGGAUGCGAUUUGUCCUUGUUCUUUCCUGUACGAAUCCAUUUCAACUAUCCGGGUAUCUCCUACGAAAAGGUUAUUUUUCGGACUGCCUUGCUAGAUAUCUGGCAAGGACUGAAAAUGACGCCCGGGGGAUUGGUCACUCGCUAAUAACUGACCGAGGUCGUCAUUACUCCAAAGUUCAUCUACUCUGUCUUUCAAACUUAUAGUCUCAGUUUCUUCGCAGGCAGGACGCAAGGCAGCGUAGGUCCGGGGCAAGUCAAAGUGGCGGUCUAUUAUACGAUUGGUUGUCCUUAUAAACAAGAUCAAACGUUGGAACAAUUUUUCAGAUCCCCAGGAUAAUAUUUCAGACGCCUGACGUCCCUUUUAAUAAAAAGACUCUCCUCUGCUUCACUAGCUAACUAACAUUCCUAUCCAGUCUGGGUGAUGGGCGAUUUAUUUUCAAAUUCACGCGCAGCCGGGUAGUGGUCGCAUUUGCGGAGUUGGCAGUACCGUUUAAGACGAAGAAACUUGGAUGUAUUACUGGUCCUCGUCACCUAGGCGCUAUGCAAUUGUCUUCCCCAAGGUGCAAAUGAGCGAUAUUUGCGAUAUUUCAUAGUCUUGGCGAUAAAAACACGUCUGUAAUUUUUAACAUUCCCGAUCAAAGCCGACAGGCCAAUGAUGCCGUUGCUCAGCGGGUAGUGUUGGACCAAUGAUUAAAUAGAGCCAACUAGAGGUUCAAAUUCAGUAAAACUCGGUUUGGUCAAGGUCUGCUGACUACGGCUAGUAAGUUAGAAAAAGUCAUCCCAAUUUUCCUUGUCUUCAUUGGCAAUAUCCCACUGCGCACAUAUAGUAUCAUACAUAUCUCACUAAAGGUGCUAAAACUUAUAAAAGACCGCUAACCAAUUGCAAACCGACUCCAAAGAAUAAGCCAAAUAAAAGGCAGAGGCGGACUGACGUUUAAACUUUGCAUUUAAAUAUCCCUCAGGAAGGAGUGUAAUGUUAGGUAUGGAAGUAAACCAGUAGUCUACAGCUGAGUAUGCAUUUCAGAAACGCCUUCAGGAGAAAAGGCUACUUUUUUCCGUUUCCACAUUUUUUAAAAUGCAGCUGACUAGUAAAAACGGGUUUUUGCUUGACUGUUCUGAGGGGGAUGUCAUAGAAAUCAAAUUUUUAUAUGAUCACUUCUUGAUUAGCUGGACAUCAAGUUCUUUACAGCUAUUUCUGGUGCUGGAACCAGAUAAGUUCCGGAUCUUUUUUGAAAUAGCGGUUAGUACUUCAAAAUGUUCAGUGCUUUCAAUCGAAUGCCCAUAGCUGUGCAUAGAUUCUGGCCUAAAUCUUUACUGAAAGCUACAAAAUAGGGGACUUCUCAAAAACAUUUAUUGAAACAGUGACUUCUUUGACUUUCUUUUCAAUGCAGAUGGUCGCUAGGGCCAUAGUUGUAGGCUAAACAUAGCAAACGAACGCUCAAAGAGAUAGUCGCAACAACAUAUUUCAGAUCGAUUAAAAUGUAUUUUCAAUUAGUUGGUUAUUCAAAAAAGCUCUCUGAUUUGGUAUUUGACUGACGGACGUCUGCGUGCUUGGCCUUUUUCCAAGGUCAAGUUAAAAUAAAAAUUAGAACGCUCAAUCAGCUCUUUCGUUUAUUAAAAAAAUAGCGAUAGUCUUCCCGUUGCAGAUGAAAACACUCGAUUUUCUUUUUAGAUAAUAGUCAUCUUCGAUUUAUGUCUACUCUAAGUCCUGUCUGAGAUUGUGGAUGUCGACGGCAUUGACUCUAUUAAUACUAGGACUAUGAGAAAACUGCUUGUCAGCCUGUUCUCUUCGUUUCUAAACUACGCAUUACCGGGAAGUACAAUACACAAAAGUUAACACAAAAGUUAACAAAGCCCCUUGGUGGGAGCCCUGUUCGAGGUACGUUCGUAUUCGUAAGGGACAGGAAAGUGUGAAAACAUUUAAACAAGGGAGUAUCUGUAGGCGUCAUGGAUGGGUUUUAGAGCAUGCUUCCAUACAGAUAUGUAAAUUUGAACCGUUAAAUGUUUGGUUUUUUAAAAAUAACCUUCCUUACAUCCUACACCAUCUGGCUUACGUGGAGAAAAAAAACCAAUUUUCCAUUCCGGCGAGUUCCGUUUGGCAAAACUCUUACUUUUAAACAACUGUCCUCUCAUAGAGAAACGUAGGCGAAUGCGAAAACUUAGCCUAACAUAGCUAUAACAUAAGACGUUUUCGUAAUACAAGGCAAUGUAAAUUCUUACUAAAAUUUGUUAACAUUUUAACAGAUUAACUUAAUAGUAGAGGACGCUCACCGACCGCUUCUACGGAACUGACUCUCGAGUCCAACCAACAGCCGCACAGCGAUGUGUAAUAUAGGCAGAAUAGCAUUGCAGACGUCUAAUAAGCCAGAAAUGCCCAUUCCAAUCUCCCUUUUCUUUGUCGGUAAUACCAUUCUGCCUAGGUAAACGUAUUUCUGAACGUAUUGUAUAUGCAGCAUAACACUUUCCCGAAUAGGCCAAUUAUUAAAGUGUGCAGCAUUUUAGCUGCCUACAAGUGAUCCUCUCAGUUUUAGUCAUCACAGUUCGUGAAUUACUUCACAUACUGCAGACACUGAGUGAUCGACCUCAGAAAAUAUGUUUGCGACUAGGAAUACUUACAUAGUAGGGCUUGAAGUACUGCUUAUCAUGCGCACAGUCGUCUGGUUUUCCGGACUCUCUAGGUUGUCGGAUUUUGCAUGCACUUAUUUUCGACCUCAAAUAAAAACUGCACUUGGUAAAAAUGAAUGCUGAAUUAGUUUUUAUUUUCACACUGAUUUUCGACGGCCUUAUAAAUUCGAACAUGUUUUAUGGAAAACACCUACAAAUACGAUUUCUUUUGAUAAUUUUAUGGAAAAUCGCGUGCCCUUCGUAUAUUAUAGUCAAAAGAAGAUAACCUUUUGUUUUUUAUAAAAGUUCCCAGUUAUAUAGACCAGGCAAUGUCCUUUAAUACAGCAUUGGACUUGUCCGUUUGUUAAUGCUCCUAUGAAAGUACGCAAUAUUGUCCAUUGUAAAGUUAUGUGAAUUCCACAUGGUUACCCUUCAAAGGCAUCAAAGAAUAUAUCAUUUUUCUUAGGCGGAAAGUAUACAUCUUUUAAACUGAAAUCGCAAAACUCUAAUGCUACGACCAAGCUGGCCGAAAAUUAUUUGGGAAAUUGAAAACUUUUCAAGACCUAAACCUAUCUUUUCUUUAAGUAACAGUUGCGAAGGAGAUGUGUUCUCCUAUCAAAUGACAGGGGAAAACAUACUUUUAUGCGUGUUUUCUAAAAAAAAUAUUUGAACUUAUAAGCGCAUCGAAUAUCAGUGCGAAAAACAAUUGCUACUCAAACAGUCAUUUUCACCGAGUAGAGUUUUCACACGAAGUUACAAAUAGGUUGAUCCAAUAGCCAACAGGCUGUCGAGUCCGAAAUAUUAUGGGAUUUUGUCGCAUUUUGAACAGCGUUAGAAACCCACCUAAGCACUCCUUCCCAAUUAAAAACGCAUUCCAGAAUUCCGGCUAAAAGUUUUAUCGAUCCUUCACCGACUGCAUAUAUACAUAAAUACUGAAACAGAGAAGGCCACUCGGAAAACCGGGUUCUACUCCUAAAUUUUCAAGUUGAUGACACCAACCCGUCGUCAGAUGAAAUGGACAGGAGCCAAAGUGAGAUCGAAAGAAUAGAUCGGUUAGUGCGACGAGAUGGCAGUUCGAUCGUCGUGCUCGGACGAUGUCCACCGCGUGUUCCACAGCAAAGCGAGGGCAGGCACGAUGACCUGCGUGUGAUUUAUUUUAUAGUGAUAGUGGAGUUGCGACAAAUCUACCACACUAUCUCCUUUUCCCCACCUGGGUUCGGUGCCAAGACAUGAUCCAGAGAACUGAAGGAGGGAGAGAACGCAUAUGGCUGACACGAUAGGACCCGCACCUGGGCGUACCACAACAUCUCCUGGUCGGCAACCGAUGCCUAACCGUGAUUUUAACCAACAAGAACAAUGGGAGUGGCAGGGAUUCCAAUGUGCGCUGUGUGAGCCUGCAACUGCUCCCGCCACUAUGUAUAGGGGCUGGCAUAUCUAGUGGCAUCGUCUGCGCGCGCCACAUGCACGACCUGGCCUCCCGAACACGGGCACCAAGGUUCCACGCAGCAGGGGUGAGCGGCGUACAUCUCACAUUCGUGAGAGUUCCAGGGGUCAAGUUAAGAAGGAACCGUCUGACUCUCAGCCCACAAGUCCGCCAUUCCACACAAACACACAAUUGGGCUGACUGCGUUGAUGCUCUAGUGAGCGACCUUCCCAACCAGGGCGCUUUGCCCUACAGGAUAGACAGCUGUUGAGUGAGCGAGGCGGAUGCUGAUUUACGGUAACUUUUGAGCGGGAGGGGGAGGGAGAACUGUUACAGCUCCCUGCGCUGGAUGGAGAGGAAUGGUGGAUCAGUGGUAAUGCGGUUGUCUGGUCGUUGAUGCGGGAUGAGGUCGGCGGUCGGGGUGCCCGCACCUGAGGUGUUAGGACUUUCGGUUGUGGUUCGCCACGUCGGACGCAGGGGGUAUCGAGAUAGUAAACACUUACGUGGAUCAUCAUUUGUUCGGGGUGUGUGCACAAGUCACUGAGUCUCUAGACUGGCAUGGCGUUUGGUGCUGAUCCUGUUAGAAUGUCAAACUUCAAGGAGUUCUCGCGCCUGUCUGCUGUUAGCCAUUGUGAUCGCUUCAAUAUCGCCCCAAGUGAAGCGGCGGUCACAGUCAAGGGCAUUCGCCAACACGAGCGACAACCGCUCAAAUCUUCUGAUGUCACUUUCUCCCCCUUUCAAUUCGUCUGACGACUGGUUGGUGUUAACAACUCGAAAAUCCAUCAUUAUAAUUCGAUUUCCUGAGCAGUAUUCUCUUUUUCCGGCAAGAUCUUAUUUCGUAGCCGUACUUGCUAGGGGUUAGAGGGGGCUAGGAUUAUGGGUUAGGGUUGGGGGUUUGGGUUAGGGAUCGGGGUUAGGGUUGGACGCUGAGGUUAGGGUUAGUAGUUGGGCUGGGGCUUGUGUAUUGCAGGUGCGGCUACGAAAUAAGGUCCUACCCUUUGAUUAUUAUAUCACCUCUCGAUGUACAGCCAUUCAGCAUACAUGUUUAGGGACUUCACUAUCAACUGUUCCACGAGAUUACUAUCUUUGGUAAAUUAUAAAAUGACCUACACCUAUUUUGACUAUGCUGCCAAAUGAUGGAAUUUCUAAUGUCUAUUUUCUCUGUAUCUUAAGGGCAUCUGGCACCUACUCUUCAACUGCAUCGCCACCCUGAUCUUUGGUUUGCUGAUCGAGUGGGUGCACAAAUUUUGGCGAGUGGCUCCUGUUUACCUUACCGGUGUGUUGGCCGGUUCCCUCAUCUCCUCCGUCCUAGACCCAUUUGCCAUUCUGGCGGGAUCCAGUGGGGGUGCCUAUGCUCUCAUCGGCAGCCAUCUGGCGCUUAUUGUGAUGAACUGGGAGGAAUUGCAGCACGACGUUACCACCUGCCGGUACGGCUUUCUGGGUUUCAUCUCAUCCGGCGUCUUUCGCCUCUGUCUCAUUCUCAUCUUCGUGGGCACUGACUUUGGUCUGGCCCUUUACCGCCGUUAUGGCCUACAGGCAGACGUAUCUGUCAGCAUUUCGGCUCACUUGGGUGGCUUCCUAGCCGGCCUCCUGGUUGGAAUUCCCGUAUUAAGGAACCUCCACGAGAAGCCCUGGGAGCGUAUUGUCUUCUGGAUCUCCAUGGCCAUUCUGGUUGCCUUCUUCGUUUUUGCUAUUUUUUGGAACAUAUUUUGGACUGGUUAUCCGACCCAGUUGGUAUAA